UAUCACUGGUUUUGAUUUAUUAGAGCGAGGCAGUUUUUUUUUCGAGUUUUUCGAAGAUGUUGAAAACGCUGUUGUUUUUCUGUGCCCUGCCUAUUUUACUGGGCGCCAACGCCGACAGAUACGCCAUUUUAAAGUCCAUCGAGUGGGGAUUUCUCGAGUUCUUACGGGACGGAGUUAAACCGGGCUACCUCAAAGAGGCGAUCCAACAUUUCCAAUUGCCCCACUUCUUUAGAGAUGAAGAAUUUGACAGGCCCGAUUACGGCUUGAUGAGCCUCAUCACAGACGAGGAGACAUGUACGCUGUGCGGCAUUUUAGUGAACGUCAUAAUCGAAGAAAGGAAGCUGGGACUCGGCCGAGAGCAAUUGGCCGGAGAAGUGGCCGCCAUUUGUAUAGAUUUCGGUAUCGAAAACGAAAGAGUGUGCAAAGGAGCAAUCGAUCUCAAUGUGGAUAUUAUCAUCCAUAUAGCCGACAAACAUAAAGACUUGGACGGUAAGAGAAUAUGCGCAAUUUUGUUGCAAAGUAACGGUUGUUCGGCGAACAGCACCGAUCUGGAAUGGUCCGUUGACCUGCCGUCUGGUUACACGAGUAAAAAAAAUCGAUCAAAAUCGGAAGAGAGCUUGAAAAUAUUGCAAUUAUCCGACUUGCAUUACGACCCGCUAUAUACGCCUGGUAAAUCUAAUGAGUGCGGGGAACCGUUAUGCUGUCAAAACGAUCAAGAAACUGGUGAUGUUGAAGCUGGCACCGCGUGUGGUUAUUGGUCUGAUUACAAGGCAGCGGACGUUCCCGAAUAUCUGUUUGAUGAAGUGCUUAGGCAAGCUCAAACUUCCAACCCCGACUAUGUUUACUUUACGGGUGACAUAGUCAGCCACAGAGUGUGGUCGACCACUCAGAUCGACAACACGCGGGACAUAAAACUGGUGUACCAAAAAUUGAAAGACGCGUUUGACGUACCUAUCUAUCCGGUCGUGGGAAACCACGAACCUCACCCCAUCAAUCAGUAUUGUUUUACAGAAGACGAAUCUUCUUACUCGACGUCGUGGGUGUACGAACUGGUGAUUGAGGAGUUUCCGAAUUUGCCGCCGGAAGCGAAGGAAACGAUCCUGUUGGGGGGUUUCUAUACCGUAUCUCCGAGGGAAGGCUUCCGGGUUAUCGUUCUAAACAACAACAUCGCCUAUACCGCAAACUGGUGGCUCAUAGAUUCUUCAUACGAUCCGUACGAGCAACUUGCCUGGCUUGUAAAAACGCUGAAGGAAGCGGAAGACAAUAACGAAAGCGUGCACAUAUUGUCUCACAUACCAAGCGGCAACGGCGCCGUCUUAAAAGUAUGGAGUCGGGAAUACAACAGGAUAGUGGAAAGAUUCGCGAACACAAUAACCGGACAAUUUAAUGGACACACCCACAGGGAUCAAUUUAUGGUCCACUAUAAUACUUCGCAACCCGAGCAAGUCAUAAACGUAGCCUGGAACGGGGCUUCGAUAACAACAUUCGAUAACGCCAAUCCCAGUUUCAAAGUGUAUUCGACUGACAGUUCUACGUUGGAGCUUCUCGACGCAGAGGAAUGGACCUUUAACUUGACAAAGGCAAAUUUAAAUCCGGAAGCGAGUCCGGAAUGGUACAAAUUGUAUUCGUUUAAAGAUGCCUUCGGUGUUGAUAAUCUAGGUCCCGAUGAGAUUGGGAAUUUAUUGGUCCGAAUGACCAAAGAUCACUCCCUCAUAAACAACUAUCACGUUUUUAGGAGUCGCAACGCUGAUCCGUCCGUAGCUGUGGAAUGCGACAGCAAAUGCCAAAAGAAGUAUUUGUGUGAAAUCUCCGUAAGCGAAGUCGGGGACAGAUCUCACUGCGAAAGGCUGGAGGAGCUAUACGAUCAGAACAACUGAUUUUACACUCUAGGAUUUUGAUUCGUUGUUCAUUUUACAUUUGUUUGAAAAGUCUAUUUCUGGAUAUCUUACAUUUUUGAGGACUCUAGUGAAUUAUUUU